AUGACACAGUACGACUCUAUUGGCUCAUCUUAUGAUGUUGUUGAGACACUUCCGUAUCGAGCUAUAGAAAAGGAUAACGUCUACCUGGCAAUAAAACCGUUUCUUAGGCCACACAUGUCUGUUCUUGAAUUCGGCUGUGGUACAGGGUUUUAUUCAUCUGCUCUUGUGUCUUGGGGGGUGACCCAUUUAACGAGUAUGGACAUCUCAGCUGUCAUGCUUGACAGUGCGAUGACUCGGCUUUCAUCCGAAAUAUCUUCUGGAAAGGUGCAGUUUGAGAAAGGAGAUGGAACGGUGCCUACUUCUUUCGCUCCCGACAAGAGCACAGGUUACUUCAACAUGGCCAUUGGCGCUUGGUUUCUCAACUAUGCCUCGGAUAAAGCAACAUUAGUAUCUAUGUUCAAGAGCAUUUCCCUUAAUCUCAAACGAGAUGGUUUCUUUGGAGGGAUUGUUCCACACCCCACUGACGAUUUUGACGAACGAAUUAAAUCGUAUCAAAAGGCUCCUCUUAAUAAACUUCUGCCGCGCAAUCAAUACACAGAAGAGCUUAGCUCAGGAGAUGGGUGGACGUCCCGUGUGUUUCUAAGUGAGGACGGAGUGGACUUUAUGACUUGGCAUUUGAAGAAGAGCAUUUAUGAAGAAGCAGCUAGGUUAGGGGGUAUGAAUGGUAAAUUUGAGUGGAGGCAUGAAAUACUACCAGAACACGCAAAAGAAAGAUUUGGUUUAACAAAUGAAGAGUGGAAAAUCAGAGUUGCGAAUCCGCAUUUUGGGAUAUUACUCGUUUGGAAAAAUUAA